AUGGGGAUGGCAUGGAUCUCACAGAGCCCUCUCUCAUUUUAUUUCAAUGUUAGCUGCUGGUCUGCAGUGGGAAACCUCCAGGAGGGCUUGCAGCACCUCUCCAUCGGAGCCAACUGUGACAGGAUCGGGACGAUCCAGCACGAGUUCCUGCACGCCCUGGGAUUUUGGCAUGAGCAGUCACGGUCUGACCGGGAUGACUACGUGUCCAUCAUCUGGGACAGGAUUCAGCCUGGUAAAGAUCAUAAUUUCAAGAAAUAUGAUGAUAAAACAUCAGACUUCCUGAAUGUUCCCUAUGACUAUACUUCUGUGAUGCACUAUAGCCAAAAUGCAUUCAGGAAUGGAACUGAACCCACCAUCGUCACUAACAUACCAGACUUCAUGGAUGUGAUAGGACAGCGAAUGGAUUUCAGUGAUUACGAUCUCCAGAAACUGAACCGGCUGUACAAUUGCUCCUCCUCCCUAAGUUUCAUGGACACAUGCAGUUUUGAACUUGAAAAUAUAUGUGGCAUGAUUCAAAGUUCAGAUGAUAACAGUGAUUGGCAGCGUUUGUCUCGUGUUCCUGCUGGGCCAAAUACUGACCACACUAAUAUGGGAGAAUGUGAAGAUUCUGGCUACUUCAUGCAUUUCAACACCAGCGCUGGAGCAGAGGGAAGCACAGCUCUCCUGGAGAGCCGAAUUCUGUAUCCCAAAAGGGGUUUUCAGUGCUUACAAUUCUAUUUCUAUAACAGUGGUCACGAAAGCGACCAGCUGUAUGUUUGGGUCAGGGAGUAUACUUCAGCCCAUCCGAACGGCACUUUGAGACUCAUUGAAGAGAUAAAAGGUUCACCUGUGAGUUACUGGCAGCUCCAUCAUAUUUCUUUGAAUGUCACAAGUAAAUUCCGGGUUGUGUUUCAAGGCAUGAGAGGAAGCGGUUUGUCAAACGGAGGCCUCUCUAUUGAUGACAUCAACUUGUCAGAAACUCAGUGUCCACACCACGUCUGGCAUAUCAGAAAUUUCACACAUCUCCUCAACACAAGUCCAGCAGGGAAAGCAGGAAGUAUAUACAGUCCACCUUUUUACUCUAGUAAAGGAUAUGCUUUUCAGGUCAGCUUGUUUAUAAAUGGUACCACCGAUAACCCAUUCAAUUUAGCAAUGUACUUGUAUUUGAUUUCUGGAGCAAAUGAUGAUCACUUGCAAUGGCCCUGUGCAUGGCAACAAGGUACCAUGAUUCUGCUUGACCAGCAUCCUGAUAUUCGUCAACGGAUGUCAAACCAAAGGAGCAUAACAACCGACCCCCUGAAAUUAUCAGAUUCCUCAUCAAGUUAUUUUUGGGAUAGGCCAGAUAAAGUGGGAUCCAUAGCAUAUUUUCCCAAUGGAACUGCAUUCAUGAGAGGUCCAGGAAGUGGAACGAGUGCAUUCUUAACCCAUCAGAGACUUAGAAGCCGUAACUUUAUUAAAGAAGACAGUGUUUAUAUUCUUUUAACAAUGGAAGAUAUAUCACAUCUACUAUCAACUCAGCCGAGUGUUUCACCCACCUUUGCUAUGAAUACAACCAGUCCCAGCACUAUCAAACCUACCUCUAACGUCACUGCCACCACCAAGCCCGCCACUGCUACCAAACCUACCACGAAGCCUACUGCCACCACAACACCCAUCACAACAGCCUCUGUCACCCCGACCAAGGUUCCCAACUUCUGCUCAGACAACCCUUGUGAAAAUGAUGGUGUUUGUGUUAUUGUAGAUAAAGAAUCGGUGUGCAGGUGUCCAGCAGGUGACAACUGGUGGUACAUGGGAGAAAAGUGUGAAAGGAAAGGCUCAACUGAAGAAAACACUAUAAUAGCUGUUUCUUCAACCAUAGCUGUAUUUGUUGUAAUGCUUAUUGUCACCAUCACAACUGCGGUGUGCCUUAAAAAGAAAUACAGCCAAGGAAAGCAAAAUGGUGAGAGCCUGAGUCUAGAAGAAAAUAGAACAUCCUUCUGA